AUGGCCGCCCUCGACCAGAUGGACUACCUAAUGCACCAGCCUGAUACGGCAGGCUCGACCCAAGGCUCAACUUUUCACGGGCUGCCGCAGCAUCAGGGGUACCCGUAUUUCUGCAAUCAGCAACAACACCACGGGCCAGGCCUUCCCCCUCCGCACUUUGCCCCGGGAUUCCACCCUAUGGCGCACCAACUGCCGCACUUGUCCCAGCUGUCACACACAGGGCACCCCUCCUCUGAUGCGGGCCCUCAGAACCGAGCAUUUCACUCGUCACCAGUGGGCGGAAACCACGGGCAGGAGCAGCAGCAGCACCAACAACAGCAGCAGCAGCACCAACAACAACAGCAGCAGCAGCAGCAGCAGCAGCAAACCCAUCCGGGCCCGGGCCCUCAAACGCAGCCUCAGUCUCAGCCUCCUUCAGCUCAACCACAAACACAAUCGCAAUCACAGCCGCAGCAGCAACUUCCACCUAUUCAACCACCUACCCUCCCCUACCCGCAACCCUAUGCACCCUCACACUCACACUCACAAUCCCACUCGCAUCUCUCACAUCACUCCUCCCACUACGACCCGGUGCACGCCGCCAGCGCUGCGUGGUUACAAAAUCAGAACAACCAGCAGGAUCGGUGGCUCACUCGGAAUCGGUUGCUGGCUCAGCAUACCUUUUUUGUGAACCAAUUCGACACCCAGACCGCCCAAUUCCCGCAGUCUAGGCCACCAACCACCGAUUCACAUUUUGGCGGUUCCGGGAGCGGGUCUGGUGUUGUGCAACCUCUCUCAAACCCAAACCAGCAAUUCUCUCCUUAUUACGAACCCUACCCGCCCUUCAACUACUCGGCAUUUCAUCGCCCUGCAACCUACCAGCGUUCCUCAGUAUCCCUACCCACCCCUCCGCAACUCUCCAACGACCAACCGAACAGACAGGACCACGCGGAUGAGAACCACCAGCCAAGCCAGCAUAGUCAAGCCCUCGACUCACACACCACGCCCGUUGCCAUGAGUUCCGAUCCAGGUGCGCCUCCUCCAGACAGGCGCGGCUUCACAUUGCCGGCUUUGAAUCCGAACUCGAACUCGAACCAACCUCCAUCUGGCCCGCAGUCAAAUUCUCAGGUCGCGUCAGGCUCCCGAGAACCGAGCCCGCCUAACGUCACCACUUCGGCUGACGCGCCGGCCGCGGCCGCCCCCGCUGCCGCUACCCCAACUCUCCAACUCCCUCUUCCGAACACCCACAACGCUGCGCCUAGUCGUGGUCAGUCAGUCAUCCCGCCGAAUCCUAGUUUGGCGACUAUCACCUCCCGCCGCCGCCAGGCUAUUACACGACGUCUGCGCCUGACAGACCACGAUAGCGACGAGGAACCGGGGUCGUCGGCGGACGAGGAGGAGCAGAUGUUGCGCUACAUUGACGAGUUCGGUGGCAACCCCGCCCACUUUCGCUCUCUCGUGGCCGAAGACCACAUCCGCGCCACCCAACUCCUGCGGGGACAGUUGUCUAACAAACGCGUGGCGUCCAGAAAGGCCCUCUCCUCGUUGCAGAGCGUGACCUUGGAAAGUCUCCCCGCAACGGAGCGAACAUGCGUCAUCUGCUACAACGACUUCGGUCAGACCAGCCCGGAGGGCGUUAUCGAAGCUCCGCUGCGCUUGCCGAGGUGCCAGCAUGUUUUUGGGGACCAUUGCAUUAAAAAAUGGUUCGAAGAGGCCGACAGUUGUCCCUACUGCCGUGACAAGGUGCCUUCGGAGCCCCCGCCUAUCCCCGGCGCCCGGGCUUUCCAUAACCUGAUCCGCAUGCGCAACCAUAUCCCCCCAGGAAACGCCCCUCCCGCAACUGACGAAUCAAUCUUCCGCAUGUUGGCACAGCACGAGCACCAGGACGCAGCUACUAUGGACGCUGCCAUGGACUUCACUAGGGCUCGUAUCCGAGCUCGGCAGGAGGGAAGCUCGGACAAUAUCACGCCUCGCCCCUCGCAACGGAGGUCCCCCCCUUCCGAAGCCGAGAGCCGGAGGAGAACGCGUGUUCGCCAUAGCAGCUUUCACCCCUCCCACCCGGCCACCAUGUUUACGGGCGGGCACCUUAGAGCGACGCCGUCUGGAUAUCCGGGCUCGAGUCGUGAACGUGUAAUGGCCCCUAACCAUCUACCCGGGCUCGGUUUGCGAGCAGAAUCGGAUCGGCAGCUGCUGACACGGUACAUGGAGAGACAGUCGUCGAUGCCGAGCGGCCAGCGCAUGUUCUACAACCCCGUCGAUCCCGGGCAUCCGUCCCACGCCGUUCCUCAGUCCGACCCGCCCAUGCCGAGUUUGACGCCGAGCUCCCCCAAUAACCCGACGCCCCCCGCAGCGCAUUUGCAAAUGCUUUCGGCGAAUAACCAGGCCUAUUAUCCUAACCUGGCCUUUGGUAACGCCCCGCAACCCCCGUUCUCCCACCAACUCCCCCCACUUAGCCAGCCGAGCUUCGAAAACGCGGCCGGCAAUAGCAGCGGGGCUCCCACCACUGCUAGCGGUGCGGAGAGCCAGAUGCAGUAG